GGACGCGGGGCUGCGGGCGUGGCCGGGCGCGCGCUCAGCGGACGCGCGUCCGGAGUGAAAGGAAAGGAGGGGCACGGGGGUGACGGUGCGGGAGCCGCUGCCAGCGCCGGACCGGAGUCGGCGGCCCGGGCCCAAGGGCAAGGUGGGCGAGAGGCCAGAUCCGCUGCCCGGACCCUCCGACGCGGCCCCAGCCCGAGCGGCAGCGCUUUCUGGCGAGGUGGGGAGGCGCUGCCAGUCCCAGCGGGGGAAGAUGUUCAACGUGGAGUCGGCGGAGCGGGUGGAGCUGUGCGAGAGCCUUCUCACUUGGAUCCAGACAUUUAAUGUGGAUGCACCAUGCCAGACUGUGGAAGAUUUAACGAGUGGGGUUGUGAUGGCCCAGGUUCUUCAAAAAAUAGAUCCUGUAUAUUUUGAUGAAAAUUGGCUAAACAGAAUCAAAUCCGAAGUGGGAGAUAAUUGGAGGCUAAAGAUAAGCAAUCUAAAGAAAAUUUUAAAAGGAAUCCUGGAUUAUAAUCAUGAGAUUUUAGGGCAGCAAAUUAAUGACUUUACCCUUCCUGAUGUGAACCUUAUUGGGGAGCAUUCUGAUGCUGCAGAGCUCGGAAGGAUGCUUCAGCUCAUUUUAGGCUGUGCUGUGAAUUGUGAACAGAAGCAAGAGUACAUCCAGGCCAUUAUGAUGAUGGAAGAAUCUGUUCAACAUGUUGUCAUGACGGCCAUUCAAGAGCUGAUGAGUAAAGAAUCUCCUGUCUCUGCUGGAAAUGAUGCCUAUGUUGACCUUGACCGCCAGUUGAAGAAAACUACAGAGGAACUAAAUGAAGCUUUGUCAGCCAAGGAAGAAAUUGCUCAAAGAUGCCAUGAGUUAGAUAUGCAGGUUGCAGCAUUGCAAGAGGAGAAAAGCAGCCUGUUGGCAGAGAAUCAGGUAUUAAUGGAAAGACUUAAUCAAUCUGACCCUAUAGAAGAUCCUAACAGUCCAGCAGGAAGAAGGCAUCUGCAGCUCCAAACUCAAUUAGAACAGCUCCAAGAAGAAACAUUCAGACUAGAAGCAGCCAAAGAUGAUUAUCGAAUACGCUGUGAAGAGUUAGAAAAGGAAAUCUCUGAACUUCGGCAACAGAACGAUGAACUAACCACUUUGGCAGAUGAUGCUCAGUCUCUAAAAGAUGAAAUAGAUGUUCUUAGACAUUCUUCUGAUAAAGUGUCUAAACUAGAGGGCCAAGUGGAAUCAUAUAAAAAGAAGCUAGAAGACCUUGGUGAUUUGAGACGGCAGGUUAAACUCUUAGAAGAGAAGAAUACUAUGUAUAUGCAGAACACUGUCAGUCUAGAGGAAGAGUUAAGAAAAGCCAAUGCGGCUCGAAGUCAACUUGAGACAUAUAAGAGACAGGUAGUAGAACUGCAGAAUAGAUUAUCAGAAGAAUCGAAGAAAGCAGAUAAAUUAGAUUUUGAAUAUAAGCGGCUAAAAGAAAAAGUUGAUAGUCUUCAAAAAGAAAAGGAUAGGUUAAGAACAGAAAGGGAUUCUCUGAAGGAAACCAUUGAAGAACUUCGUUGUGUUCAGGCUCAAGAAGGGCAGCUUACAACUCAAGGAUUAAUGCCUCUGGGAAGUCAGGAGUCUUCAGAUAGUCUGGCAGCAGAGAUUGUUACACCUGAAAUCAGGGAGAAACUUAUUCGUCUUCAGCAUGAAAAUAAGAUAUUAAAACUUAAUCAAGAGGGUUCAGACAAUGAAAAAAUUGCCUUAUUGCAAAGCCUUCUGGAUGAUGCAAAUCUUCGCAAGAAUGAACUGGAGACAGAGAAUAGGUUGGUGAAUCAAAGACUUCUGGAAGUACAGUCACAGGUUGAAGAAUUGCAAAAGUCUUUACAGGAUCAAGGAUCAAAAGCAGAAGAUUCAGUUCUUCUAAAAAAGAAACUUGAAGAACAUCUAGAGAAACUACAUGAAGCCAAUAAUGAAUUGCAGAAGAAAAGAGCCAUUAUUGAAGAUCUCGAACCAAGAUUUAACAACAGCUCCUUAAAAAUUGAAGAGUUACAGGAAGCUUUAAGGAAGAAAGAAGAGGAAAUGAAGCAAAUGGAAGAACGAUAUAAGAAAUAUUUAGAGAAAGCUAAAAGUGUUAUCCGCACUUUAGAUCCUAAACAAAAUCAAGGAGCAGCACCAGAAAUACAAGCUCUUAAAAAUCAGCUUCAGGAACGGGACCGAAUGUUCCAUUCAUUAGAGAAAGAAUAUGAGAAAACAAAGAGUCAAAGAGAGAUGGAAGAAAAAUAUAUUGUUAGUGCCUGGUACAAUAUGGGAAUGACUCUGCAUAAAAAGGCGGCUGAAGAUAGACUUGCUAGUACAGGUUCAGGGCAGUCAUUUCUGGCUAGGCAACGACAAGCAACCAGCACGAGAAGAUCUUACCCAGGCCAUGUUCAACCAGCCACAGCAAGGUAGACAAGUCUUGCCAGUAGAAUAAAAACAUCCUGCAUUCAAAACAUACUUCUGUUACACAUAACACCAUUUCAGGAAAUUCAGCCAGCUUAUUUUUUGUCUCUAUGUUAUGUUAAUAUUUAGUUGUUCCUCAUCUGAGGACUGUCUCUCCGUAUCUAUGAUGUUUUAGUUUCUUGGUCCUUUAUUUUGUAGUCUUUUCAGUUCCUUUUCAUGUGCCAAAAAUUUUUUCAAUGCCCAAUUAAAAGUGUUGGAUAAUAGUGUAGUACUUUUCUUUGUAUGAAAAUGUCCUUUCCCCAAUGGUGUAUGUAGGCUUUGUAAUGAAUUAGAUUUUCUGCCAAUAUUGAUAUACAAGAAUUAUAUUCUUUAUUGUGCCUCUGUGUUACCAUGCUUUAUAAGAAUGUCUUUGUUUAAAGGGAAUUAAUCUUUUUAUGAUGUAUUAAUCUGUGUUCUCAAUUGUUUUCCAAAUGCACUUCAAAUAACUUGCAUAUUUACUAUAUAAAAUGAAUGGUUGGCAAAUGCACUUUUUGCAAAGACAUAAAUAUAUUGGCAGAGGUGCUAAUUAGAUCUUACCUAUGGCACCUGGUAGAGUUAUUUAGAGGGAAAAAUUAGUUUUCACGUUGUUUUAUAGGAAAUUAAAUUUGUUUGAAGAUUUGGAAACUAUUUUUAAAACAUAAAUACAUAGAAUUUUAUUAUUUCUUGCUAUCUUGUUGCUGGCAGAAGUGAAUGCAUUGGUUAGGUUAUUGGGGGGAAGUUACAGAAGAGAAAAAAAGUCAGGCAGUGCAUUAAUUGUUUCUUAUUUUGGAAUAUCACAGUAACUGAGGAUCAGAAUCUGGUAGUGUGGCUGAUAUUAAUGGUUUCAAUUGCCCUCUAUAUCUUAGACCUAUUUUUCAUAUAUUUACAAGUAAUAGGUAGCAUUACCCUUUGGGCAACUUCCUUGUUGACUUGCAUCUCUUGUUUUAUUUAUUCAUUAAUAUAAACACUUCUAUUCCUCAAUAAUUCCUGAUACUUAACAUCUUAAUAUCAGUCAUUAAGAUCAGCAAAGGACUUCUUAUACGUGCUGUUGUGACAGGUCUCUCUUACAUUUUUUUCUUAAUUCUUUGUAUUAGUCCAGGAAUUUGCUACUGAACAGAUUCUCUUGGGUAUUUGGUUGCAUCAAAGUGUUUAGAUUCAUUGAUAGCUUGAUUGUAAACCAUGUUUAUUUACAUUGAUGAAUGGUUGUCAAGUAAUAAUGAUUGUAAAGCACUUUGAGUAUAUAAGGUGCUACAUAAAUGUAAAAUAUCAUUUAUUUGAAAAUGAAAUGCCUCUGCCUGCCUUUACGUAUUAAUUCAAGCAUUUGGUUCCCAAUUAUAUUUAAGUUCUCCUCCAGCCUUUUUCUUACACCAUAGCCCAUUUUAUUAAAAGCAAAAUAAUUACUGAAAUUAGGUCAAUUUUUAAAUUUGUUUUUGUUUUUAGAUAGGUCACCAAGUAAGAGGAUUUUAUUUUAUGUACAUGCUGUUUGGAAGUUCAGGUUUCAUUUAUUUCUGUAUAUUAAUACAAAUUAGUAAUUUUAAAUCAAGCCAAAUGUAAUUCAGAAUUUUCAUAAAUUGUACUCAAAUGUUUGGUUUUAAAUUCCUACUUCAAUUUUUAUAAGAAAAUCGACCUAUAAAUUAGUAGUGUUUUCAUUUGUCCUCAGAAAUCGUACUUGAAGGAAGUAUUAGAAUAUACACAGAAAUGACUUUAUGCAUUGUGCUGAUUCUUACAUUAAGUACAGAAAUCUAAGCGCAGUGUGAAUGCUUCUGCCUAAUAUGACCAUAAAGCAGCAAGAAUUAGUGAUAAUGGACAGAACCCCUGAGUAGAGUGCAUUGCGAGAUUUCAGGAGGCUAAGCCAAACUAAUCAACAUAAAAAGUUUUGACAAUAAAAGAUCAAAAACUAUUUAGGAUGGUUCUUACCCCCAACCCCGAUUUUACAAAUCACAUAAGGAUUCACCUGUUUUAGAACAGAGUGUGAAACUAAUCUUGGUUAAAUUAAAAUAAUUGGGAAAUUAUACCUGUAGAAUAAGAUAGAUGGACAUAAAGAGUCUAUGAACUAUUUAUUUAAAGGAUUAUAUCCUAUAAGAUGCGAAGUUUUUAUUUUACUUCUCUCUUUACUGCCCCAGUCCUGGUCUCUGACCCACCCACCUACUCAGAUAUAGUUCUCUAAAUGGGUUAGAAAGGUGCCAAGCUUUUAGAAGGAAGUUUUACUUCUUAUUUUUCUUCAGCAUCUGUUGUUUUAUGCUAUCAUUUUGGUGUUUUACAGUGAUAACUUUCACUCUCCUUUACUGUACCCUUAAAGUUAUUACUUUCAAGUAUAUAGAAGAAAUUAUAUUUCUAAACAUUGUUUGAUUUUUUUUUUUUAAAGCAGGAGUAACACUUAGCUAUAACAGUGACAACUCUGUCCAGCUUUGGACAGGAUUUAUGAAAUUGCUAUCUCUCCUGUAAUGCUUAGUAAUUUCUCAGGAGGUUUGCGAUGAUGCAUGGUCUCUCUGGAAGGUGGAAGACAUUGGGUGCUUUAUUUAGAUGUGAGCUGUGCUGUAUUAUCACAAACCCCUUAGACACAGUGGCCACAGUGCACUUGGGCAGUGGGGCUAGUCCUGUCCUCACCAAUGGACUAAGUACAGUGUUAUUGCAUUAGGUUGAGGUGAUCCAUCAGCCUACUCUAGUGCCUGAAUUCUUAUAAUCAAAAAGCUUAUUUGCUGUUUUCCUUCUAGCCAUGGUAGGAAAAUAUAAGGUAAAUAACUAAGGAAUAUUAAAGCAUAAAAUUUAUGUUCUGCAGUGUCUAUUUAAGAAGUUCAUUAUGGAAAAAAUGCAGCAAAUAUUGUAGUUUACCACAUCUAAAAAGAGAAUAAACAAUACAGUUGUACUUAAAAGAACUUCCCAAAAUUUCAGUUAUAUCUUUUUAUAAUUUGUCUAAUUACUUGUUAAUAGUCAAGAAAAAGAAGUCCCCAAAUAAAGGACCCAUGUUCCAAAAUUGAUCAAGAUUGAAUUAUUUCUGUUAGAUAGCACUAGCCUGGUUCAAAAAAACAACACAAAAAACAUUGGCUUAAUGCAGCGGUUCUCAACCUGUCACGACCCCUUUGGGGGUCGAUCGGCCCUUUGACAGCGGUCGCCUGAACACAUCCUGCAUAUCAGAUAUUUACAUUACGAUUCACAACAGUAGCAAAAUUACAGUUAUGAAGUAGCAACGAAAAUAAUUUUAUGGUUGGGGGUCACCACAACAUGAACUGUAUUAAAGGGUCGUGGCAUUAGGAAGGUUGAGAACCACUGGCUUAAUGGGAUACUUAGAUUAUAAUAAGGAAAUAUUGUUUGUAAUUUUGUUGAAGUUUUAUUGCUUUGUUUAUAUAAUAAAAGCUCAAAUGUACAAAAUUAAGCUAAAUGUUAUCCAGCCAGAGACUUCAGCCUAUAUAUUUCAUUAGUUUUCACAAAGGCAUGAAAAUUCAUGCUCUCCAAAUAGAUCAGCAAUAAGUUGUAAGUGAAAGAUGAGUUUAGUUGAAGAAAAGACAUUUUAUUUCAUGCUGUCCAAAUAGAUCAGCAAUAAGUUGUAAGUGAAAGAUGAGUUUAGUUGAAGAAAAGACAUUUUAUUUAUGUGCUGCUUUACUCGCAUCUCCUUUUCAAUAACAGUUUUGUUAACUAAUGGCAUAAAAUAUUUUUUAGUAUUUCUUGCUCUUAGAUAAGCAUUUAUCCUUUAAAGAUAAUAACCAUGUUAAAAACUUGAAAAUCUUUAUCCCGAUAUAAGAAUUAUCUUGCAACACAAAUCUAAAAUUUUAAAUUAUCUUAACUCUGCAUUGAAUCUCCAAUUGUCCAGAUCUCAGACUCCAGGAAUGUUACAGUUUAUCCUCAGUUGGAACCUGUGAGAUUUAUCUGAAAAAGCACCCACAACUCACAGCUAGUAAGUACAAACCUAGCUAGUGCACAGACACGUGAAUCAGACAUCUCUGGUCCUACAGUGAGAGAAAAGUACUCAGCAUCUUGCUUUUGCUAAGGGAAAAAUAACAACAUUAAGGCAAAAUGCUUUUUGCUGUCUGUUCAUUAAACUAUGGAAGGAUAUUUUUACUUUUUAGCCUUGUAUUAUGAAGGGGCCCUUUUCUUAGAAAUGGCUGUUGAACGGAUGUAGCAUUGUACUUCUUAACAGCAAAGCCCGUGUGAUAUCCCAAAGUAGGAUGAAGGAGUGCACUCAACAAAAUUAAAAUGGGAUAUCAGAAACUUUGAAAAUUCUUUGAGCAUGUUUUUUCAUUUUGUCCUUUUUUUUAAUAUAAGUUAAAAGGAUUUUCCAUUCAGUAAUGAUCAUCUCUUUCCCUAUAGCUCCCACUGUUAACUUCAGCAGCUUCUUUUGGUAGUUGUACAGCCCAGUUUCAUUACAUUUAGAAAGCGGUUUCAGAGCUCAUAAUUUGUCACUAUAAUGAUUUUAUAUCAUGUAGUUUUUAUAUGAGGAAGGUUAUUCUCUAUGUAUCUGUCAUCCAAUUUUUUACUUUCUAUAAAGAUAUUUAAAUAAGAAUUGGUGUAUGUUCCUUUUAUUGAAAAAUUUGCAAAGGUUUUAUUGUCUAAUGUCAGCACAAUAAUUUUAGGGCCUAAAGUUUUGCAGUAAAUAUCAUUCAUUUCUCAGAAGCCUAAAACACAUGAAAUAAUUUGUUUCUAACAGCUAAUGUCUACCCCUCCCCAUUCCCUCAAAUCACGGAAGCAUUAAUAUUUAGCUUCCUUUUUGUAAAUGAAGGAUAGUGCAGAUGCAAUGACAUACUUCUCUUUUAAAUCACUGAUUAUGUUUUUGGGAAGUAUGUACUGAUUUUUUUAAUAGUCUUUUAUAUUCAUAAAGAUAAUAUAAUUCACAUGUAUUAUCUUUAUGAAUAUAAAAACUUAUGACCUUUAUAUUUAAUGUUAUCUUUAAAUGCACUUGGAUUCUUCACAUUGCACUUAAAAUGAUAGAGAAGGGACAUUAGUUAUUGAAAAACUAGACACCUGAACCUAGUUAUGAGUUUGGGCAGUAUUGGGGGAUCUAUAAAUGUUUUUUAACAAUUAUAUAUCAGCAAUUACAGCUAUGUCUCUUCAGUAUUUUUCUGUUUUCUAAUAUUUUCUAAUAACAUUCUGUAAGAUAAGAUUGUAUGAUGUAUAUAAGUGAGCAUAGAAAUCUGAGAAAGUAAUAGAACUGCUGUUAAGGCAAAUCCUAGAGAGUAGAGUGGAUUUUUGGGAUAAGAAAUGGCCUAGCUAUAAAACACAUCCAGGCAGAUGGAAGUAUUAAUACAAUUAAAACUUACAUUGUCUUAAUAAAUGUUCCUAAAGUAAAAGUUCACAUAAAAUUUUCUGACUUUAUUAUGUGAUCAUCCGAUAAAAAAGAAUAGGCAAAAACAUAAUUUAUUUUUUAAUUAUCCUUCCCUUCAUUAGGCAUUAACCAGGCACACACUAUAUAUGUUAUAUUGGAGGGGAAAGCAUCUGUUUUCAUUUUGAAACUGUUAGCCCAUUACUAGACCUAAGGUAGUGAUUUAAGGUCAUUAAGAAUACUGUGAUUUGUCCAGCCAGUGUGGCUCAGUGGUUGAACAUCGGCCUAUGAACCAGGAGGUCAUGGUUUGAUUCCCAGUCAGGGCACAUGCCCAGGUUGCAGGCUCAAUUCCCAUUAGGGGGUGUGCAGGAGGCAGUCGAUCAAUGAUUUUCAUCAUUGAUGUUUCUAUCUCUCCUUCUCCCUUCCUCUCUGAAAUCAAUAAAAAUAUUUUUUUAAAAAAAGAAUACUGUGAUUUGAUGAGAUGAGAAGAAAUCUCUCCCUCUGAAUUAUACAUAAUAGCACCACAGAAAAAUUUUUUUAAAGUGAAGGCAAGAGUAUACAUUUAAAAAAUAUAUAUUCAAGAAGAGUCCUUAUAUACCUAAUACAUUAUCACCAGGCUCUGAAUUAGAUGGUUAGGGUCUGAAGAUGAAGUCAUCAGAGAAGGUAUCCAUAGCCGCAAAAUUUUAGGCCCCAGGGGCUAUCAAAUAUCCUGAAUUAUAUCUACUCAGAGCUUAAAGGAAAAAUUAAAUGCCAUGAGAAGAACAAUCUCAAAGUGAGAAAAAGAAAACUAGCAAAGCAUGCUGAGGUUCUAAUAAUGUACAUGGGAGACUUUAGAGAUAAAUUGACAAAAGAUAGUAAUUAGUUUAGCAACUAUAUUGUGAAAUUAAUAAAAGGGACUCGUUUAUUCUUGGUGUAUUUGUCAACAUAUGGUCGGUGAUUACUGUAUAUACAUUCUAUCAUGUUUAUUUUAUAUAUGUCACUAUUAGAAAUGAGUUUUAUUAUUUACUGUUACUUCUAAUCAUUUAUGUAUUAUUUAUACUUCAUUGCAAGAUUCACAGCACUUUACUAAUAUUAGAUAAUUUUUUUCCUUCUACCUUUCUGUGGCAUGUUUUUAUCUUUUCCACGGGGGUUAUUUUCCUUAUUUUGGAGCACUCACUAAGAAAAAUGUAAAAGAUUGCCUAAAUGGGCUUUGUACUCUUCCUAAAAUUUUUAAAGUCAGAUCUGAAGUUCUAAGUCUGGAAAUCUAUUUGAAGGUGGGUUGGGGUUGCUAAACAUGAAUUAAAAUUUAUAUUUCACAAUAAGUUAGUAACUCAUGAAACCAAGUUCUCCCAAAUGCAAACACCCUUGAAACGUUUUGUUUCCUGGAGUUGCAGUAAUAAAAAGUAAACAGUCUUCUGGUGAAUCAGAAGAUAUUCUUACCUUUGAUUUCCCUGGCUCCUAAAAUACCUACAAACUGUCUUUAACUAAGGUUCAUAGUUUCUUCAUCACUGCAUAUACCCAAAGACAGGAGAAAGAAAGCCAAGUGCCAGGAGCUAUGAAGUCAGAGAAUCUGGUAAGUGGUGGGCAUGAGUUGAUGGGGAAAGGCUGGCUCUAAGAGGGCUAAAUACUACAGAAAUAUUCUUAGUUCUACUAUAACAGAUAUGCUUUGUGAACUUGGUCAUUUUCCUGAAUUCAAAUAUAGCAAAGUUUUUAGCUUACUAAGAGAUGUUUUUAGGAGUCAGGACUCUUCCAUUUGUAACUUAAAUAUAAUAGCAUUUAAAUGAUAGUCAAAAAGUAUUAGAAUAGUUGUUUUUACAUAAGCAUUGACACACACGAUUACUGCCAAAGAAUAGGAAGAUUUUUGCAUAAGAACAUUCUCUUAGAGUUUUGUAUUAUUUUGUAUUGUCAGGUGAGAGAAAUAUUUUUAUAGUGUGAGAAGUUUCUGUAGUAUUUCCUUCUGCAGUACUGCCUGUUCUACUGAUGUGCUUUGCACACAUGCACGCACACAACGAAAUAUGUUUUGGGUAUCUACUAAUUAGUUGUUGAAUGGAUAGGUCUCCUUCUAAUUGUCUUGAUCAUCCAUUGGCAUCUUGUUAAUCUAGAUUAGAGUAGAUUUUAGACCUGCACUGUCCAAUUUAUUAGCUGCUAGCCACAUGUAACAAUUUAAAAUAAAAUAAAAAUCUGAUUCCUCAGUCACCUAGCCACACUUUAAGUACUUCAUUAACCACAGCCACACAUAAGUAGUGAUUACUAUAUUGGCCAAACCAGAUUUAGAAUAUUUUUAUCAUUGCAGAAAAUACUUUUUGCCAGUGCUAUAAUAAUACCCAAAGGGAAAAUAAGGACAAGAGAAAGGCAUAUUAUAUCAUUUCAUAAAUCAUAAUUUAGUAUCUUCAGGGUUUUUUUUAUGUAGUGUUUUAACAAUAAUGAUAGUUUCUAACAUUUACCAAGCAGAAACUGAUGAAUGCUUAAUUUAUUUAUAAAAAAAUGGAUAAACACAUUCUUCUAUUUUACUUUUAAAUCUAUAAAGAGCUAAUGAAAGUUGCCAACAGUUUUUCUGUCCCUAAGAUCAUAUUGUCUUCCAUCUUAAAGGUACAUCAAGAUCUAAAUAAUUUCUUUGGUUUUCUUCAGUUUCUUGCUCUUAAUAAUUUGGAUUAGGAAUCAAGCUAAAUUUUAUGUAUGAAGCAUACAUACAUGAAGCAAACAUUUUAUUCCAGUGACUUAAUUAAUGAAAAGGUUUUUAAUUAUUAAUUUACUUGGCCUAUUACUAAAGCACUUAACAUAACUAAAAGGAUCUAUAAAUGCAUUGGUGAGGGGUUUUUUUCUUCUGUUUUUAUUGAUUAUUUUAGAGGGCGAGGAAGAGAGGGAUAGAGAGAUAGAAAUAUCCAUGAGAAAGAAAAAAAAAUCCAUGAGAGAGAAAAAAAAAAAAGAGAGAAACAUCAGUGAGAAAGGAACACUGAUCAGCUGCCUCCUGCGCGAUCCCCAGUAAGGGGCAUAUCAAGCCUGCAACCCAGGCAUGUACCCUGACUGGGAAUCGAACCAGUGACCUCUUGGUUCCUGGGUCAGUGCUCAAUCACUGAGCCAUACCAGCCAGGCCAUUGGUGAGUUUUUUAAUGAAAAUAGAAACUAAUAAUUCUUUUGAGUUCAGUUUGGUACUUAAACUAUCCUGUUAGGUAGUCAUGAUGCUUUCGUAUUCCUUUCAAAAAAUUUUUAAGCAAUAGAUUUGUUCCAGUAGUAUCAAAUUCCAAGCCAAUUAUGAUGAAAUUCUUGUUGUUCAAGUUCAAAUGGGUAAAUGGUGUGAUUUGAUUUCAUUAUUUUCUUGGUGGCCUAAUUUAAUGUGUUCUACAGAGAGCCAUACUAAGGGACAUUUUCAAUAUGCUUGAAAUAAGAAAUAGCAUUUUAGUAUAAAUACAGGAAAUAACUGUACACAAGUACCAAUCAAUGAGUUGAGGCCUUCUGAUUGUUUAAUAGUAGCCUUUGUUUUUUAAUAGCCUCAGUUAUUUAAAAGUCAUAUGCACUAAAAUGUCAUUGCCGUCACCAACUCUGCUCUUUGCAGGUUAUGUGUAAUUCAGAAUGCUGUGUACUCGGAAGAGUUAUGUCCGGUUUGUCUUGUGUUGCAAUAUUCAUGUUUUGACAAUUGCCUCAUUUAUAACACCCAAUUUUUGGUUGUAUAAUGAAUGGUAAAAUUCAAACAUAUCUAAUAAUUUGCCUUAUUUUUAUUAAUAAUUUCUAUCAAAGAUUUGGGGAUAGAAAAAGGCUUCCUCCUCUCCCCUCUGCCCCCCGCCCCCCCAGUACUUUUUAAACUUUUCAGAUAAGCUGGAAAACCCCUUAGUAUAUUGGAGUUGGAGUUGUAUUGACUACAGUCCCAGCUCUAAAGCCUUAUACUCAUGUCUUAGGUAUUAUUGAUUGUUCUGUGAAUUGUUAGUUUCAUAUCUGAUACUGUAGUUAUCCACCCAAGUUUAGCCUUUGUCAAAAGGAGGUUGCUAGGUAUGUUCUUAUUUCUGGUUGACUAUUAAUCAUUUCACAAUUUCUUUCUUUGUCAUUAUAAUCCAAAAAUGAAAUCCACAUAGGGCUAAAUUUCUCACUUUACAAGUGGAGUCAAUACAAAUUUAGCAACAUUGGCUGGCAUACAAGCAUCUUUCCACAUGUUUACCAACUACUUACUCUGUUAAAUUGGUGGAUUUUCUCACUGUUUUUCUGAGGUGAAUGAAUGGAUAGAGAUCCUCAGUAAGAAAUUUUUAUUAAAAUUACAGAUAUAAAGUCCAAGACAAAUUUUUAAUUUUUUGAAAUCUUUAUUUCCUUUUAAUAUCAUUCAUUUAAUUCUAUGACUGCCAACUUGUUAUGGUAUUAAUUAUAUGUACAUGUUUAUAUGUAUGCAUAUAAUAUAUGUAUAUGUAUAUGAAGAAUAAAGUUAAGAUUUGGUCAAACUAUAUUUUCCCAUUCAAGUACAAAAAUGUUUUCAAGGCUGCAAAAAGUGUACAGUUGUUAAACAAGUUGUAAAUAAAAACUUGUAUAAAAAUUCA